AUGCAAAAGGAUGGAGAGACAGUGCUUCCAGUAGCGUAUGGGUCGCGAAGGUUAUCGGACGCCGAGAAGAAAUACACUACAACUGAGAAAGAGUGCAUCGCUGUGGUCUGGGCGGCGCAACAUUUUAGGCAGUUCUUGUGGGGCCGAAAGUUUACUAUAGUGGUGGACCACCACGCGCUAUGUUGGUUAGACAAGAACAGAGACCUAUCGGGCAGACUGGGCCGUUGGGCUCUCAAACUUAUGGAAUUUGACUACAAGAUUAAACACAAGCAAGGGAGAUUGCACGUGGUACCAGACUGUCUAUCAAGGAAUCACGGAGGGGUAGACGAUCCGGAGGAUCAGGACAAGACCAAUGAUAUCCCAAUGUUAGCAAUUAACCUGAAAGAUCUCACCAGUCUACAGAGAGAAGAUCCCGAUUGCAAGAGGAUAAUAGAAGCAGUUCAAGACCCCGACGGAGCAGCUAGCGCAGAUCGACGCUAUAACACAUCUGUACAAGAGACCACUCGACACACACCCUUUUUCCUUAUGUAUGGUCGAGAAGCACGACUCCCCAUAGACGUGUCCCUACGCCAACAUGCGUCAGAGGACCCACAAGUCGAGGAAGUGCUGGAGAGAGUUCAGAAGUGCCGUGAAGACGUACAGAAGAUAGUCAGCGGUACACAGAAGAAGCAGAAACAGAGGUUUGAUAGGACCCAUCGACAUGUGGAAUUUGAACCAGGGGAACAAGUAAUGGUUUGGACUCCCAUCCGCAAGAAGGGUAGAUCGACUAAGCUGCUACACAGAUGGUAUGGACCAUACCAGGUCGAGGCUAAGCUAUCGGACGUGAACUACGUGAUACUAGUCACCAAAGGAAAGAAGCCUCCGUUCCAGGAUACAAUUCACGUUAGUCGGCUGAAGCGGUACUACCCUAGGACACUGUGA